AUGUUGAUGAGGUUACUGAAAACGUUUAUUGCAAAAGGGUUGCCAAAAAUCCUAACUGCUGGGAUUGGUACCGGUGUUGCUGCUCUGUUAGCCGCCAUUGCAUACUUCUCUUUCUCUAGAAAUGGAUUUAAGUUCCGAUUUCGUAGUCCAAGUUCUAUUGAGAACACCAUAGUUGAUAAAACCGAAACUUUUGUGUUUGACGAAAAUGCUGCUACCGUGUCCAAGACAGCUUUGGAUGGUAUAUACGAUGAUACCGGCGCAACUGUCCCUAAAGCAGCUCCCUUUUUUUCCUCUAGGAAUCAGAAGCAUAGAAUUGUUCCAUCCAUAUCACUUUCUGGUUCAGUAAUUGCUGCAUUUCAUGACUUGUUUGUUGAAGAUCCAGAUUUUGAAUCCAUCCAAGGCCUUGCUGAGGCUGGCAUCAUACCCAGCAAGCUGUCAGGGACGAAUUCCUGCUCUGAAAGUUCAGAUGAUGGAAGAUCUUGCUUUCCCCCCGAGAGGUUUAUUUCUCGGCAGGAUCUGAUCAACUGGAAAGCUCAAUUAGAGUAUGUGUUUUUGUCAGGAAUUACAGAACAGGCGGCAGUUGCUCUGACAAGUGGCAGGAUGUCUGAUAUAGUUUACAAUGAAAUAUUGAGGCUGGAAGCUGAUAAGUUAUUAAGGGAAGCUUCAAUGGAAGAAAUCAGGAAUGAAUUUCUUGAGAGAGAAGAUAUAAAAAGGUUUUGGAAUGAGAAGAUGAAUGAAGAAAAAAUUCGAGGUUUUGAGGUUGAGAAGCUUUAUAUUGCCAUUUUAAAUGAUUUGGAAGAGGAGAAAAUUGUACAGGUGAAAACUUACGAGGAGUAUUUGAAGGAGAAGGCAGCUAUGGAUUGUCAGAGGCAACUACUGCCCCGUCUCAAGGAAAAGGUUGAUGGGGUGUCAGAAAGGCUUGCAUCUGAGAGGUCUGUGUAUGUCGCCGAGCAGUGUAAUCUGCAGGAAUUCCUUAGUGAAUUACAAUUGAAGCAGGGAAGGAUGCUUGAUACAAAAUCUAUACUGGAAAGCUGGAAUUGA